CGACAUUACCAGCUGCCACCAACUUACCACAGUUAGUGUGUUGACGUUUGCCGCAGAGGUACGUAUCUCGACAAUACUAAAUGGGACGGUAUUGUAUGUGAUCGCGAGUGAUAUCUGUGGCAAUUUGGCGGACACAAUGGAUACUAAACACGACAAGGAAGACCCUGGUAAACCCAAAGGCCCUCAACAGGACUUAAUACAAGAGGCUAUUGGAUCUUUUGGCAAAUAUCAGUUAUGGAUAUGCGGUCUUAUAUUAAUGUCAAAAAUGCCUGUUGCGUUUCACCAGAUGGCUAUUAUAUUUCUGGCGCCAAACACAGACUAUAUUUGCCCAGAUACAAAUGCAACCACGUGCCCAUGUGAAAAUCCUCAAUACGACACAUCAAUUUUUGACAACACUAUUAUAAUGGAAUGGAAUUUAAUUUGUGACGAUAGAUGGCUGUAUAGUUUUACACAAACACUUUUUCAAUUGGGGACUUUAAUUGGAAGCGUUGUGUUUGGAAUGGCUUCUGAUAGAUUUGGAAGGAGGAAUCCUUUGCUUGCAGCAGUAAUAUUACAAGUAUCUAUGGGUAUCAUUGCAUCAUAUAUGCCAAGCUACUGGCUAUUCACAUUGGUCAGAUUUUUCAUUGGAGCCUCAGUCGGAGGAACUAUGGUCAUCGGAUUUGUUAUCGUGAUGGAGUUCGUUGGAACCAAGUAUCGGGACACACUUUCCGCUCUGUACCAGACGCCAUUUAAUUUGGGCCACAUGCUACUGCCCCUAUUUGGAUAUUACUUCAGGAAUUAUAAAGAUUUUCAACUGGCAAUAUCGAUUCCUGUUUUACUAUUAUUAUCCUAUAUAUUUUUUAUACCAGAGACGCCCAGAUGGUUGAUAGCAAUGAAACGAACGGAUGAAGCCUGUAAAAUUGUAGAACGCGUCGCAAAAAUAAAUAAUCGCCCAACAGAUACAUUAAAAGAGGACAUUAAUAAAUACCAGGAGUUGUUAGAGAGGAACACUCUCAAAAAAGGAAAUAUAUUAGAUCUCUUCAAAACCCCAAAUUUGCGGAAAAAUAUUCUAGCUAUGUCUUUCAACUGGCUGUCGUGCAGUUACUGCUUCUACGGAGUCUCGCAGUACAUUGGACAAUUAAGUGGAAACAUAUUUAUAAACGUCUUAGCCAGUGCUAGUGUCACACUAUUGGGUACCCUGUGUUCAAUACCAUUGAUGAAAGUGAUAGGAAGAAGGACAAUUUUGAUUGUUUUUAACUUUGUAUGCGCUGUCUGUCUUUUUAUACUAGCACUCCUACCUCAAGGGGCAAUUUCAGUUGUGUGUGCUAGUAUCGGUGUAGUAUCCAGUUUUAUUGUUUUUGUUGUAGUUUAUUUAUAUUGUACAGAACUGUUUCCCACUGUGGUGCGGAAUGCUGCUCUUGGUUUUUCUUCAAUGAUGGCCAGGAUUGGAUCAAUGGUUGCACCAUUUGUAAUAGCACUGGACGCGACAGCAGUCUGGUUGCCUCCAGUUUUUUUUGCAGUGGUACCCUUGAUUGCUGGUUUCGUAGCAUUUUUAUUACCUGAAACUAAAGGUUGCGAAUUGAUGACGACUAUAGAGGAAGGCGAGAAAUUUGGUAAAAAAAAUAAAACAUAGCUAACAUUGAAUGCAAUAUAGAAAACGUUUAGGACAAUUUUAAUUAGGUAUAUUAUGGAUAUUGAAUACGAAUCUUAAAGUCAAUCUUAAUAUUAACAUUUAUCCUGCGUUUAGUCGUUAUUGAGAAAAUAUAAAUAUAAGUAGGAAACUCUCCUCUCAGUUAGUGUCAAACACGAGUAUACAGAAAAUGUGAUAUUUUAUUAUGAUGUAAAUGGUAUUAAUGUCAUUAAAUAUUUUUUAAACAUC